ACCCUCAUUAAAAAGCUAGAAUGCCGACGGCGAUGGUGGACUACACGUAUCCACCGCAGCAAGCAGGGGGCCAUAGAAAAGUCCGAGAUGCCGCGGGGGGCAUUGCGUAGCACCAGCGAGUAUGCAUUGGACUGAUGCAGAGCAAGUUGUCGCAGAGCUGGCAACCAAUCCUUCGACGGGCCUGAGCCGGCAGAACGCCAAGCAGCGGCAGGCCAUGUACGGAACGAACACGCUGGAGACCAAGGACGACGAGAACAUAUUCGUAAAGUUUGUCAAGAGCAUAGUGACGAACUCGAUGGUGAUGAUGCUGUUUGCGUCGGCGGGGGUCUCGAUCCUGGUCGGCAACUGGGACGACGCAUUCAGCAUUAUUUUUGCCAUCCUGAUUGUGUCCACAGUCGGCUUUGUGCAGGAGUACCGGUCCGAGAAGUCGCUCGAGGCGCUGUCGAGCCUGGUGCCGAAUUUCUGCCAUGUGGUGCGCGAUGGCGAGUCGGUGAAAUUGCUGGCCGACUACCUGGUUCCUGGCGACAUUGUGAAGCUGGCGAUGGGCGAUCGGAUUCCAGCCGACAUCCGGUUUGUGGAUGCGCAGCAGCUGGAGGUGGACGAAUCGGCGCUGACGGGCGAAAGCGAGGCGCUGCAUAAGACCACCGAGAAGGUGGUUCUGGCGGGCGCGCCGAUGCUGGCGUCGACGGAGCUGUCGUUUUCGGACCGGCGCAACAUCGGGUUCAUGGGCACGCUGGUGCGGAACGGCCACGGCGUGGGUGUGGUUUUGCGGACCGGCGCCAGCACCGAGUUUGGCAAGAUCCACGCGAUGAUGCGGGACAUCGAGGUUCCGCGCACGCCGCUGCAGAAGGACAUGGACAAGCUGGGCGAGCAGCUCUCGCUGGUGUCGUUUGGCGUGAUCGGAUUCAUCUUCCUGGUGGGUGUGCUGCAGGGCAAGUCGUGGCUGGAGAUGUUCACGAUUGGCGUGUCGCUGGCGGUGGCAGCGAUUCCCGAGGGCCUGCCGAUUGUGGUGACAGUGACGCUGGCGCUGGGUGUGUUCAAGAUGGCCAAACGCAAGGCAAUCUGCCGCAAGCUGCCGUCGGUCGAGACGCUGGGCGCCGUCAAUGUCAUCUGCGCCGACAAGACCGGGACGCUGACCAUGAACCGCAUGGAGGUCGAGUACCUGUACUCUGCGGCGGACGGCCUGACGCCUAUGGGCUCGGCUGAUCUGUCGGUUCUGGCACAGACGCGCUCGUUCCUGCAGCUGCUGCGGAUUGGCAACAUCUGCAACAACGCAGCCACCGACGAUAAGGGCGCGUACAUCGGGCAGGCCACGGACAUUGCGAUUCUCAAUGCGGUGCUGAAGGUGCGGCAGUUUGACGAGCGCAGCCGUGUCGAGCGGCUCGCUGAGUCGCCGUUCAACUCGGAGACCAAGUUCAUGCAGGUGACGGUUGGCGCCGACGCCGAGCCGAAUCUCCCGCAGGCCGCUGGAAACGUCCUGUAUAUGAAGGGCGCCCUGGAGGUGGUGCUGGCGCGCAGCAAGACGUACUUUGGGUCGCAGGGCCGCGCCGAAAAGCUUACCGAGAAGGUGACCGACGACAUUGUGAACCACUCGAACCAGCUGUCGCAGCGCGGACUGCGGGUCGUUGCGGCGGCGUUUGGAACCGAUCCGGACCAAAUGGUCUUUGGGGGACUGUUUGUGAUGCGGGAUCCGCCGCGCGAGGACGUCGAGCGCACGAUUGGGCGGCUGAUGAGCGCCGGCGUGCGCACAGUCAUGAUCACUGGUGACUCGGGGAAGACGGCUGUCUCGGUGGCUCGCAACAUCGGCAUCCCCGUUGUCAACGAGCAAAUCGGGUGCAUGAUGGGGCCGCAGCUGGACAGCAUCACGGACUACGAGCUUGGCGAGCACAUCAAGCACAUCUCGGUGUUUGCCCGGGCGACCCCGCGCCACAAGGUGCGGAUCGUCUCGGCGCUGCAGGCUGCUGGCGAUGUGGUGGCCAUGACGGGCGACGGAGUGAACGAUGCGCCAGCAUUGCGACUGGCCGACAUUGGCAUCUCGAUGGGCGAGAAUGCGACCGACGUGUCCAAGGAGGCUGCUGACGUUGUGCUUGUGAACGAUGAUCUCUCGACGAUUCUGAGCGCGAUUGAGGAAGGCAAGAAUAUCUUCAGCAACAUCCGCAACUUCAUCACGUUCCAGCUCAGCACCAGCGUUGCCGCGCUGACGCUGGUUGCUCUGUCGACGAUGCUUGGGCUCCCGCAGCCGCUGAAUGCGAUGCAGGUGCUGUGGAUCAACAUUCUCAUGGACGGGCCGCCUGCUCAGUCGCUUGGCGUCGAGCCCGUCGACCCGGAGGUCAUGCGCCAGCCGCCGCGCUCCAAGACAGCCAACAUCAUCACGCGGCGGCUUGUCACCCGAGUGCUGGUGGCCGCGGCAUUGAUUGUGACUGGGACAAUGUCUAUUUACGUCUCGGAGAUGCAGGACGGCGCUGUCACAGCGCGCGACACGAGCAUGGUAAGUUGGAUGCGCUCUGUUGAUUAGGGAUCCACACGCAGUGCUUGCUCCGCCCAAGCCUUGCACAGUACAAUAGUAGGCUGCAGUGCAAGAAGGGGGAGGCGGAGCGAACACUGAGAGUCUUGGCAAAUCCGCAGGAGUAUAUAGGGCACCUGCUAAUGGCUGGUGUGCUUGAAUGAUUUGGCGCG